AUGGUGCCAGCCUUGGAGUAUGUCUCAGUUGGCUGCUGGCGAGAAAACAUUGAGUCCCCUUGGAUUCCCAGCAUUGAAGGACAGUCGCUGCCGUAUGGAAUUAAUUACCUUACCGGCAUCCCAGAAAAUCGCCCAGAUGCGAUCACUGCGUGUGCCAUGGCAACCCUGAGACUGGGGUACGAGGUUUUUGCCAUCCGGCAGAUGGGUGUUUGUGCCACCUCCCCAGAUGCACACCUCUAUUUUCGGUUUGAGGGCUCUUCCACAUCUUGCUCAGAAGGUAAGGGUGGUGCUCGCGACAACUCAGUCUACAGGUUUGCUCGUCAGGGGAUGAUGACUCAGCAACAGGGUUUGGUCUAUAUCAUUGCUGGUCGAGAGAGCAGAGCUGGUUUCUCGGGUGACCAAGGCACCGCUUGGGUCACCGAGCUCAACAGGCCACAUGGGCUUGGUGUUCACCCAAUCACCAAGGACCUGUAUGUGGCUGACUCUGGCAAUCACCGCUUGCGGCUGAUCUUCAGACAAGUUGGUCCAAAUCCUGCUCACUCUGGAAAGUGCACCAAUGGCUUCCCCUGUGAGGUGGAGAUCACGGGGAAUGGGCUCCAACCGCAGAACCAACUUGCCAUCAUGCCACUCUCGCAGGAAUGUGGGCAGUCUGAUGUCAUCUUCCAAGUGGGCGUUGGAAGAAAUCCCACCCUUGAAGUGCCGUCGCCAUCUUUCACUCGGAAAACUUACAACUUUGGUCCACCCUUCGUGUCCAGAACAGGGCACUAUCGCCUUUGCUUUUGCGUAAAGGAUGCAGUGGUCUUUGGACAAAUUACCCCGUGCACUGCUCCGGAGUUCUUCAUCCACGAUGCAGGAAGUGUGCUCAUUGUUGGUCCUGACAGCCGCACAGAUGAUGCCGAAGUGGUGGAAGGAAUGCCUGGACGCCCCUUUUCCUUGGCGAUCUUCGGCACGGAGCUCUCAAUCUUUGACCGAGUGCGAUUGGUGAACAACUCGCAGCCAUGUGGAGUUCCUGGUGCCGAGGUCUUUGCAGAGGAGGUACAAAGCAGGAGUGUCCUCGCAGGGCGCCGGCAUUUAGGGAAUGAAUCCUUCAGCCUGUGGGCCAAUGUGACCCUCAAAGCAUCUGGUGCAUUCCGGCUUUGUCCGAGACCAAGAUCACGAAAGGUAGCUUCAGCUACCUUGAUUCUAUUCAUGGCCCCCCUCCCUUCAUCAUCAUCAUUAUCAUCAUCAGCAUGUUUCAUCAUUGUCAUUAGUAAUUAA